ACUAGCACUCAGCUGCAAUCCAUUCUUUUUGUAGGGAUUUUCAUCCGACAUUGUCGUCUGCCUCUUUUUUUCCAUAUAGUUUUUUGUGCUUAUCUUCUGGAUUAUGAGUUCAAGGAGCAGAAUCAAGUUUGCUAUUUGUGAAGUACUGCAAUUUGCUGCCUUCUGUGUUCCAUUUUUUAUUGUUAUGCAGCGUUUUGCCUUCAUCCUAGCACAGGUGAAGAGUCGGGUGCAUCCCUCUGAUGGAAACUCUAGCAUGGCUUACUGGUUGAUUGUGUCUUCAUCUGUUGCCUAUAUGACAACCAUGGCAACUUUGGUGUGGCUGCCAAUUAAGUCCAUGGUGUUCAUGAAGAAGAAAGCUCUGGUGGGGAGAAAGAAGUGGAGACCGGUUGCACUGGCUUAUGUGCUCCUCUCCACACUACCCACUUUUGCAUUCCUAAUAGCCAGUUCUGAGGUGCAGAUUAGAAAUGGUAUGCAAUUUGAUACAUUCACUGAGCUACCUGUGUCUUUGGUCUUAUUUUCUCUCAUUCUCAUUGACAUUGUGGAAAGAAUCCGUUACUGCAGACUUACUGGCCGUGCUAAUGAAUUACAUCGAAAUGCAGACAUCCCGACUCUCAGCCCCACUGAAAUGAUGAUGCCAAUAAGCGGUACUGCCACUGGACCAUCUCCUAUAGCAGUAAGUACUAAUGUGGGGCCACAGAAUGGAGCAGGAGCCAAUGGACCUACUCCAAGAUUACCUGGAAGAACUGCAGCUACAGUCAAUGGGUUGGUCACUGGGUUGCCCACUAAUGGGCCAUUUACAGGGAUUCCAGGCAACACAACAGGCUCAGCUGUCCCCAGCAAUGGAGCAGUGCAAGUACUUUCAGGCAAUAACCAGAGUCAACCAUAUACUAUAUCUGGGAUUUAUCCAGGCACUGGCCUGCCCUUAAGACAUGUACCAUAUGCCACUGCAUACACAGGGCCACUUAGUUUUUUGCUAGAAAGUGACGUGCGUGCUGAAUCCCUUUCUGACAGCUUCCUUUUCUGGUUGGACACAGCUGAAAUGAUGCGAGUUACAAACCACACCUCGCUCUACUUCUCAGGUUGGGCUUUACCAGUGUAUCUCUUCAGCUUUCUCUCAACACUGCGAUUGGUUCUAAUGCCCCACUGUCCCCUUCUCUCCCCAUUAGGGGUCGCUCUACAAGACCUCCCCUUUCUCAUUUUGAGAGUGGCCCUUAUAGCUAUUUUUGGGUUUGUCACCCCAGUCCUGUUUGUUAUAAAGAACUUCUUGGUAUGUUUGGCUUACAUUUACUUUAACUUCAUGACCAAGCUUAAAGUGUUCAACACCGAGAGGAUGUUUUGACUGGUCCAAUGAGAAAAGUUACAGUGAACUGAACAGCAGAAAAAAAGAAUGUGGAGUAUUUCCUUUUUUACAAAAAUUAUAUUACAUAUAUACCUACUCAAAAUAUAUAUAUUUACUUACUAUCUAAAUUAAUGAAUUAAUGGUUUUGAGAAGUUUUAUAGUGCCAUAAGUCCUAUGUUAUAAAAGACAUAAGAAUUGAAAUCUUGCCUAUUGCACUUUAACUAAAUUUUACUUCUUCAUUUUAUUUAUUUCUUGUUCCAUGUUACUGUAUCUUAAUUGUCUUGUAGAUUAAGUGUAUACAUGAAAAUUUGCCUUAAGUCAGACUUUUCCAGUGUUAUGAGGAAAAGUGCUUAUUACUUGCACUGAUUU